AUGUCUCUUUGCUCAAACCCUAAUAUUCAAAACCCAUUACCUAUGAACAAUUCAAUCCUUCAAAAUACGAAUUUUUCCUAUGAAAAUUCUGAUUUUGCUGAGAUUCAAAGCACAGUAGUUCCAACAAGUCAUGUCCCAGACAAGAAGAUGAUGUAUGAGUUGGAGAAAAAGCUUCAUGAAGACAUUGAUGAUGAAGAAGAAUGGUCACUAGUUGUUUCUGGGAUUAUGAACACCAACAACGAAUGGUCAGAAACAAUUCGUAAUUUGAAUAGUUUUGAGCACAAUCCUAUCCAAAAACCUAUUUCAUUCUCACCUCCUUUUUCCACCACGUCACUAAAUUCAUCUCCUUCAUCUAUUGUUUCACCAGCUUCUGAGUUUUCCAAACAAUCAUUAAUGGAAGCUGCCACUGCAAUUUCUGAAGGCAAAAUGGAUUAUGCUAAGGAGAUCCUCUCUAGUUUCUCACAUACACAAAACCCAAAACUAAAAUUUGACAGUUGGUUAUUGGAUUGCAUUGCUUCAGCGCUGAAAUCGCGUGUGAAUAACAUUGAAAAUCCACCUCCAGUUGCAGAAUUGUUCAGCAAAGAACACACUGAUUCAACUCAGCUUCUGUUUGAUAACUCUCUUUGUUUCAAGCUCUCUUUCAUGGCUGCCAAUAUUGCAAUCCUGGAAGCUGCAUUCAAAGAUACAACAAAGAGCGUGAAGAAUCUUUGUGUUGUGGAUUUUGAUAUCGGUAAUGGAAAACAAUAUAUCAAUCUUCUCCAAGAGCUCCAUGCACGUCUCAACGGAUCACCAGCAAUGUUGAAGAUCACGACUGUGACAGUGAACAUUGACAACGAGAACCUGAAAACCAUCGGAGAACUUUUGGUUCGAGAAGCUAAGAGUUUAGGAAUCGGGUUUGAAUUCAAACCGGUGAACCUAAAACUCACAGAAUUAACUCGGGAGUCAUUGAACUGCAACUCAGAGGAUAUUCUUGCUGUGAAUUUUGCGUUCAACCUAUGCAAAAUACCAGACGAGAGCGUGUCAACGGAGAAUCCACGUGACACACUUCUUCGUCAAGUGAAAUCACUCUCUCCAAGCAUUGUAACUAUUUUGGAGCAAGAACUGAAUACAAACACAGCACUGUUUGUUUCACGUGUGGCUGAAACUCUUUCUUACUACAACACAUUGCUAGAAUCUAUUGAAUUCGCGAUGGAUCGUGGGAGUUAUAAGCGAUUAAAGCUUGAAAAAGGAUUGAGCAGGAAGAUGAGAAAUGUAGUUGCUUGUGAAGGGAGGGAUCGUGUUGAAAGGUGUGAAGUUUUUGGGAAGUGGCGUGCACGCAUGAGCAUGGCUGGGUUUAGGUUAAACCCGAUGAGUCGGAAAGUUACUGAGUCAAUAACUUCAAGACUCAUUCAAGGUAGUAGAAUUACUGUGCAUGAAGAGAAUGGUGGAGUUUGCUUUGGUUGGAAGGGAAAAGCUCUCACUGUUGCAUCUUCUUGGUGUUAA